CGGACACAGUUCUGUAGAUGCAAUGAAACAUCGAAAGAAGAAGAAAAGACGUCAAUUGCGCAUGGCGCUCUUCAAGUUAAUAGUUAUAGCGCUCUCCGCUAGAGGCGCUCUCUCUCUUUAGCCCUGUGUUUGUAGCGAAAGAUGCCGCGUGCUAAGAAGGAAAAAGGGAAGGGGCAGUCUGCCAUCGAUAAGGUGGUAACCAGGGAGUAUACCAUUCACUUGCACAGAAGGUUGACCAAUGUUGGUCUUAAGAAGCGGUCAGUGCGUGCUAUCAAAGAGAUCCGCAAAUUUGCAAGAAAGGAAAUGAGAACAGAGGAUGUCCGUAUUGAGCUUAGAUUGAAUAAGUUCAUCUGGUCUCGUGGUAUUAAAAAUCCACCUUUCCGAGUGCGUGUUCGUCUCUCCCGUCGGCGCAAUGAAGAUGAAGACUCCCCUCAUGCGUUUUAUACUCUCUGUUCCUUUGUACCAGUUGCAUCCUUUAAGGGUCUAACAACUGAAAAUGUUGAUGAAGGCUCAGAUGAUUAAAUACUGGUUUUAAAUUUU